UUCGGAAGAGUGGUGGCUCGACACCGACGAAGGAGGAGGCGAACAACCACACGCCGACCACUGGGCGAAACCACGACACCUGGAGAAGAAUUCGUCAACGUGACGGACAAGUUCGGAAGAGUGGUGGCUCGACACCGACGAAGGAGGAGGCGAACAACCACACGCCGACCACUGGAACCCAAAUCAACGCCUGGCAGAAGACAGCCGUCCACCACUACACCCGAAGAUCACGAUCUCUACGUCUACUACAUUGACAAGUUCGGAAAGAGAAGGAGACGACCUCGACGACAUACAAAACCAUCACACAAACGAACCAGAUCGACGUCACCAAAACGCGAAACCACGACACCUGGAGAA